GAUUAAAGGAGUGGAAAGCAAAUGGAGCAAUGAGAAAAAAGUUAGAUUUGUAAACUACAUUAAAUUAGGAGCAAAUGUAGUUUCACGCAGUAGCCAUGCCAAGAAGACAAAGAUUUGAUACCUAACACCCUACUGCUCAUUGAUCUGUCUAGAGACGAUGCUCAGAAUCGAGAUGCAUUUAUCAAAAGCUAACACCGAGAAGUAAAUCUAAACAAAAACAAGUCCCGAGUAAGGGGCCGUUUUAUGAAUGAAACCGGGCUUCUAUUACUACUACUACUACUACUCGUGAGAGUCUUGACAAUUGACAUUUCGUGGGCAAAUCACCUACCUUUCUGAUGCUAUUGUGGAUUAUAAUCUCCUGGACUGCGAACAAGUACUUGGUAAUUUUCCGGUACGUUGGAUGACAUGAUUAUUGUAUCAGCUUAAAUGUUCAACUCGAGUUUCACUUGAAAUUUAAAUACUGUUGCAAGAAAAGACAGUUCUUAGUUAUGGAUGCACUAGAAGAUGACCAAAUUCCUUGUCUUUUAGAAAAAUUAAUGAAUGGGAAUGACAUUACUGAAGAUGAAAUAGAAUCUACAAUUACAAAGUUGAUACAGUCUUGCCAUGCACCACAUUUAAACAGAGCAGAAGAUGUUCCUUAUGAGAGAUCAGAUUUUCUUGGUGUGGCAUUUACAGCAAAAAGACGCUUGGAUAUUUUGUGCAGAAUUUUAGAGGAACUGAAUAAUUCACAAAAUAAAGGAGAGAAAUUUUCAUUUUUGUUUAAGAAAAAUAUCAUUAUUAGGAGUUUGCUUCUUGCAAGUGAAUACAGUGAAAAUGAAUGGGAAUGGAGUAGUAAAGAGGCUGCUCUAAGUGCUAAAAAUGUUAUUCAAAUACUUUGCCAGUUUGCCAGUGUACCUACUUUAAAGAAAUUGUUGUGUGGUGAACCAGAAGACUCGGAAAGUUGUGCCAUCAAUUAUUUGGAGUGUGCAUUGCAAACUCUAACCAGCGCAUUCAACAAGAAGUCAUGGAAAAAAUGUGUUGCUGCAAGAGCAUCAUAUUGGUUUAUCCUUUUGAAUUUAGAUGAAAAAUGUCUUGGCAAUUACCUCACCUAUUUACUCCCCCCAGCGCUCUUCAUAGUUGAUGAUUGGGAACAACGAAACAAAAUAUUCGGAUUAAAAUGCCUUCACCACAUUUUACAAAAUACUACUGGUGCUGAGAUUCGAUGGUAUGGCAGAGGUAUGGUAAUCUAUGAAGCCAUAAAAAAUCUUCUACAUUCACGAGAGGUCAAAGUUUUGGAGGCUUUAUAUCCGACACUCAUAUUAGUUGCUGAAGUUCUUGAAUCUGACCCCGAAUAUACUGGACACCUCAGAAGUGUAAGUACCUACGACACAAUUAUGCAGCAGCUUAUACAAGAGAUGAGACACGAGCAGAACAUAGCUUUGCGCAUUACUUAUUCAGCAGCUUUGCCAGCCCUUUUGAAUGCCAUGGGGAUUUUAUCCCUCAAGUGGUCAGUGGAAAUCAUUCCAAUGUUUGAGGAUUACUUGGCAACUUACUCAGGUCCGAAGUCAGAAGACAGGAUCAAUAUUCUGAAAGGCAUGCAGGUAUAUAUACAGAAGAGUUGGCCUCAGAUCCAUGCUAAUGCUACAUCCAUUUUGAAGAUUAUAUUGAGACUUUUGUAUGAUGUUACAAGCCAGGAGUCAGAUCUUGAUGACCAGAUUAGGCAGAAUUUGAUAAAGGAGGCAUUGCAAGUUGUGCGUCUCCUACAUGCUGCAGCCCCAAAAACCACUCGGAAGUUGUGUGAAGAUUUAGCCAGUGUUGAAGUUCAUCCACAAUGCCAAUGUCUUCUAAGGGAAAUUGAUAAAAUUGUUUCCCCCUGAUGGUAAGCAUUUUAUGAGUGCUCAUAAUAUUUAUUGUAAAAUUGUUAAAAUAAAACCACAGUAUUUUUUAAUAAAUAUUUAUAUUCCUUUACAAAAAGUAAAUUUAUCAUACAGCUUAUUUUUGUAUGCUGGCAAAAAUGUUUGAAACUUAAACAUCAUUUACCUAGUCCUAACUAAGGACAAAAUAAAUACAUUACAUGAAUCUGAACCUAAGGGAAAUAAGUCACACUAAUUAUAGUGUAACAUUUACUUUGAGCCUUUGAAGUAAUUUAUAUAUAUAAGAACAUUCUUGUGGUUAAUUCAGCCACAUUAUUUUUGCUUUGUUUUCAAGUUUGAAAAGGCACGAAAGAAAAUGGAGAGAUAUCCAGUCAAGUUCUGCUGCUAGUUUACAAAAUACAAAUGUUCAAAACAACUGAGGUUUCAUGGUAUAAAAUCCAAUGAAGAGCCUUAACUGCUGUUUGAGUGAUUGAUAAUUACAGUAAUAGCACCCCAGUAGAAAGAAUCCCAAUCAAUUUCUACAGCUUGUCAACAUUUUUAGUCAUGAAAGAUCAGGUUGCACCAAAUUUCAUAAGUUUUUCCUGUGCAAAGAAUUAUCAAAGAUUAUGUUUUUGUAAUGUAAAUCUGCAGCAGGUUACAAGUUUUUAUUAAAAACUUUAUCGCAUACAUUUAAAAUAAAAACCUAUGUUUUCUAGUUUUGAACGAGAAGAACUGCACAUUACCUUGUAUUUUGUUGCAAGCAACUAAUAAACAUACACACCAUAGUUUGGAAUGUAGCAGCAAAGAAACUUGUGCUUUUAUUAAUAGAUAACAAUGUUUAACCUCUACUCUAGUAUUCAUCAUUCAAUCUGUAUCUCUUAGUGGAUUUGGAAGUAAACUUAUUUUAACUUGAUAAAUCCAAAAAUAAUGUAUGUACAUGGCCUGUCAGGAGGCACCCUGAGCUUCAACUAAUUUUUCCAAGAAGCUAAGCCAAGUUCCUGUCUCUAUAACUUGAAAAGUUGAUUAUUUCCAACAAAGAUGGUAAGAUCGUGUGAAAAAUGAUCCCUGAAAGCGAGACUUUUGAGAUCGUAAAUGAUAUUCUGUGAUGCUAAUGCCUUUCAUUAUAAUAAUGGUCACAACGGAAACUUUGUAUAGAUAAAAAAUUAGUAUCUUGCACACAAGAAUAUUAAGAAAAUAUAUAAAAAAACUAGAACAAAAAUUUCUCAACCUAAAGAUCGGCCAUAUUGAAGUUUUAACAUACUGGUUUACUGGAACCAAUGGCAACUAAAUUGCCAAUGUCGAAUAAGGAACCACAGGUUAAAUGACAUAUCUCAGAAAUAUACAAAAUAUACAUGUUCUAUGGUAAACGCAAAAAGCUUCAAAUGAGUGUACCAUUUUACCGAAAUAAAUAGAGAAACUAACAAAGAUAAUUAAGAAAUAUGAAGAAUUUAUAAAGAAAUUAGCUUAAUUAUUAACAUCUGACUUAAAUACUUCCUCCUUAAAAAUAUUUAAGCUCAAACAGAGUUAAGGCCUUUACAACUGCUUACAUUUGUGGUUUAGUGUAUGUUGUACAGGACAAGACAGGACAUUACUUUUCUAAAUACUUAUAUAUGUAU